CUCGGAAGGUGGCAGGGUCCGCAGGACGGACAAAAGGACGGAGCCGGCCCGCAAGAUGCCCGGGAGCGGCCGAGCGCUCCUCACUGUCUGCUGCCUCCUGGGGCCAGGGUUCCUGGGGACCCCCUGGGGAGGGGCCAAGGCCGGGGAGUCCUUGAGCCAGGUCAGCCAGCUGAACUGCGUCCUAGAGAGCAUCAACUCCCACAUGACCACAGAAGAGUCCCUCAUGCGGCAAAAUGUGCAACUAGUGCUGAGGGGCCCAGGGCCCCCCGCGCCCCCACCCCCGGGAGAUGCCUUCACCUUUGUUCUGCAGGAGAGGGCCCCCGUGCUCCUGCAGUAUGUGGAUGAGGACGUGAACGAGCUGGAAUGCCGGCUCAGCCGCUACUUCACCGACAACAUAGAGAUACUGUGGCCGGGCCUGGCCAGCCAUGGGACAUGGCUCCCCAUCUGGUACACCGUCACCAUUAGCCACGCCCAGGGCCACUUCACCAUCACCACCUUCUGCAUCCAGACGGCCGAGUCCGGCGGCCAAGAGCCGGUGCACCUUUCAGGGGUCUUCUCCAUGCGCACCCGGGCCUCCCAGAUCCAGACGCCCCUGGCCGGGACCGUCCUGCUGGACUGUGCCUUUGCACUGGACCACGCGGCCUCCGUGGACGUGGCCUGGGUCUUGCGGCAGAAGGGGGGGCGGCAGCGGGAGGUGCUCCACUACCGCGGGGCGGAGAACCAGGUGACGCACCUGGACCCGAAGGUGGAGGCCUUCCCGGCCGCCAUCCCCCAAGGCAAUGUCUCCCUACUGCUCCAGAAUGUGGCCAUCCAUGACCAGGGCACCUACAGUUGCUCCGUAACCGCGGUCGCCCUGCAGGGAGAGCUCAACAUCGAGGUGGCCGUCCUGGAGAGCCCCAAGGUGAAGUUGAACAUGGAGUCGGUGAGUCUGGUGGAGGGGGAGGAGCGGAAGCUGGUUUGUGAUGUGAGCCACUACUACCCCCUGGAGGCCCGGGCCCAGUGGCUACGUCAGCCCCCAGCCGGGAGCCGCCUGCUGCCCAACGUGGUCAGCGGCACCCUGGCCAGUAGCCACCGGCAGAACGGCGACCAGACCUUCAGCUUCUCCAGCUACUUCCUGCUCACGGGUUCGCUGCGGGACGACGGGGUGCGCUACACCUGCCACGUGGACCACCUGAGCCUCAAGACCCCCAUCCGCAAGAGCGUCACCAUCAGAGUGACAGCAAAAUCGUGGCCCUGGAUGUGGCUUCUCAUCGGGGCUGUCUUCAUUGUCCUGAGCGGCCUGCUGCUUGGCCUCCUGGUCCACCUGCACAGAGUGAAAAUCAUGGACAAGAGGAAGCCAUAUUAGAACUCAGAACUGAAAGAGACACUCUGGAAGCACAAACCACCAAGCAGAGAAAGAAGCAGCAGUACUCAGAGCCCCCCAUAGGACUACAGCAUCGAAGAGGCUCCCCCUCCCCGCAAAUCACCAACUUCCCCUUCCCCGUCCAGGCCUCCAAUCCUCCAGCAUCAGCCCCACAUGCAGUUCGGAACACCUCCAGUGGGCAAGGCAAGAGACCUGCAUCCCCCAGAGACUGCCUCCGUCCCCCUCCGCAGAGGGGGACACAGCCUGGUGUCGGGAAGCGAACAUGGCCGCAGCAGGGCGGAGGGCAGAAAAUGGUGGGAGGAUGGGUGGGGUCCACCUGGGAAAUGGACCCUCCCUCAGGCCAGGAUCACGAGGUGGGGACAGAGAAGACGGACUGCUACGAGACAGACAGUCUGCCUUCUGUCCACUCCCCAGCCACAUUGUUCUGAUGGUCGAGAAGAGCAUCAGACUCGGCGAACAACAGCUGGUGACCCCUGGCCCCCCUGCUCCAUCUCCUCUGCCUCUCUGCCCAGGCUCCCAUUUCAUUCUAGUCUGGACAGUCUCUCGGCCUUGUGGACUCACCCAUUUCUCGAUCCCUGCAAAGGUCUUUGGUACUGACUGCCACAGGCUAACCACCCUCCGGGCCUCUCCGCUUUCCCCACACACUGUUAGGAGUGAGCAGUGUCUUAGCUGAAGGAUUGGGGUGAAGGGUACACCCCAGAAGCUUGAAGCCAGCAAAGAAACACCUCAACCAUCCAGUGCACUGCCCAGUCCUGUCACUGCUGGACCGGAGUCCUGUCCAGUAUUGCUCUUCAUCUGGCCAGGCCUGACAGAAGGACAGGAUCUUCUUGCAGAAACUUUUGGAACAUUCUGGAGCUGACUCUCUGUCAAUAAUAGGGAAGCUUUCCUGAGGGCAGAACAAAAGAUGUAGACUAGACUGUAAGCUCCAUGGACAGGGAACAUAUCUACCAACUCUGUUACAUUGUACUCUCCCAAGUGUUUAGUACAGUGCUCUGCACACAGUAAAAGUGCUCACUAAAUACCAGUGAUUGAUGUCAGAGUUGUGUCAUCUGCCUGCUUCUCUGAGUCCCAGCCGGAAGAGAUUUUUCAGGCAGAGGAUGUAUUUCUCUCUUCUAAAGCUCUCCUUGGGUGGAAAGGAAGCUAAUUAUAAUAAUAAUUGGGGUAUUAAGCACUUAUUACGUGACAAACUCUGUACUAGUCGCUGAGGUAGAUACAAUAUAUUCAGAUCAGAAACAGUUCCCGUCCCACAUGUGGCUCACAGUCCAAACAGGUUAAUCUGGUCAUUGUCUUAAUCUGAGGAGCUAUUCUAAACUAAACUUUAUUUCCCAGCCUUUUCCCAAGACUAGUACUCAUCAGUCAUUCAAACCUCAAUUGACGUUGAAGGAUUUAAACUUCAAUAGCGGUACUUAAUACCUGGAAAACCUGGACUUUGGUAAUUUUCUGUUGUGCUCUUUUCUCAUUCAUGUUACAAAUUAUAUCCCAACUUUGAUCAGUCUCUUUUUUUGGCAGCUGGGCUCAACCAUGUUCCCCGGGGCCUCCAAAGAACGUGAACUGCCACAGAAGGGAUCAAACACAGGGGGUCGGCUCCUGGUAUCCCUCCCUUCAAGGAUCUUAGUCUAGUGGAGUUUACAAUCCUUUAAUCAUAGGGAACUUGGCCUCUGUCUCUUAGAACAGCCUGAUAACUGUAACCUAUGACUUCCAGAUCAAACUUUCAGCUCCACACAGAUCCUUGUACACUGAGGGACACAAAAUAUGUUAUUUAUUGUGAAUUUUUGC